GGCUAGCUCCCUCCCUUUGUGAGGGCAGCCGGCUUCGGCCCGUGGAUCUCGCACCCCGGAGCUACAGUUCUGCAUGUUCUCCAGGGUUUUGCCUGCCCUACGCCCUACUAAGGAAAACCCAAGAGAAGAGGGGAUGGAAACCGAACUCCUACCAUCUGACCUGCAGGGCCAAGGAUGGUAGGUAACUCAGCCUGGAGCUGCCGCAGUGACAUGUUGUUUCAGGAAUCAGUGGUGUUUGAGGAUGUGGCUGUGUACCUCACCCAGGAAGAGUGGGAAUGUCUGGACCCUACUCAGAAGUGUCUCUACAGAGAUGUGAUGCUGGAGAAUUAUGAGAACAUGGCCUCACUAGCAGGAUUUUCUGUGUCCAAACCUGAUGUGAUCUCAUGGCUGGAGCAAGAAGAGCUAUGGGUGCUGGACAUGCAAGGAUCUGCCAAGAGAGAGACCUUGAGAGACAGGUACUCAGGUUGUGAUAAUAGAAUUGAGAACAAGGAGUUGAACCCAAAGGAGAAAAUUCCUGAGGAGGUCGAAGUACAGUGGAUGGUUUCAGAAAGACUCACUUGGGAUGUUUCUCAAGGCUCUGAAUUAAGUAAACCCGAUGGGUGUGUAGGAAAUUUAGUGAGACAACUAGGAAAGACUACAAGGAAAAGUCUAAAAAAUUCUCUUUCCCAGGAGAAUGGUUUUAAACCAGUGUCAAUGAGAGCUCUCACUGGGGAAAAAAGUCAUGAAUAUUCUGAAUUUGGGAGAAACUUCAGCCUAAAUUCAAAUCAGAGGGUUCCUGCAGGAGAGAAAUCCUAUCAACAGGAUACAUGUAGCCAGUGUUUUAAAUGUAAUUCACAGCUCGACAACCAUCAAAGUAUCAGCAUAGCCAAAAUUACUUGUGAACAUAAUGAAUCUGAGAAAGGCUUCAGUCAGAGCUCAGUCCUCAAUGAGGAUCAAAUAAUUUCCAUUGGAGGAAAGGCUUAUGAAUGUAGUGAUUUUGGAAAAACCUCCUGUCACAACUCCAGUCCUAUUCAACAUUAUAUGAUUCAUGCUGAAGAAAAACCCUAUAAGCAAAGUGAAUGCAGGAAAGAUUUCAAUCAGAUCUCUGACCUUCUUGGGCAUCAGAGAAACAAUCAAAGAGAGAAGUCCUAUGAAUGUGAGGAAUGUGGGAAAGCCUUUAGCCAAAGUGCACAUCUUAUCCUACAUCAGAGAAUUCAUAAUGGAGAGAAGCCAUAUAAAUAUAGUGAAUGUGGGAAUGUGUAUGAUCUGAGCUCCAGUCUUCCUCAUUAUCAAAGAACACAAGAUAUAAAGAAGCCCUUUACCUGUAAUGAAUGUGGGAAAACUUUUAGGGCAAGUGCCUCCCUUAUUCAACAUCAGAGAGUUCAUAAUGGAGAGAAACCUUAUGGAUGUAAUAAAUGUGGAAAAGCCUUUAAUAAGGUCUCACGUCUUAUCUGCCAUCAAAGAAUUCACACUGGAGAAAAGCCCCAUGAAUGCAAUAUAUGUGGGAAAGCCUUUAGUGACCGCCCAGUCCUAAUUCAACACCGAAGAGUUCACACUGGAGAAAAACCCUAUGAAUGUAAGGAAUGUGGGAAAACUUUCAGUCAGAUGUCAACUCUUAUUAAACAUCAGAGGAUACAUAGUGGAGAAAAACCCUAUGAAUGCAGUGAAUGUGGGAAAGCCUUCAGUCAGAGUACAUGCCUUAUUUAUCAUCAACGAAUUCAUACUGGAGAGAAACCCUAUCAUUGCAAUGAAUGUGGGAAAGCAUUCAGUGCACGCUCAUCCCUUACUCAACAUCAUAGAAUUCACAGUGGAGAGAGACCUUAUGAAUGCAAAGAAUGUGAAAAAACUUUUAGUAAUCGUUCAUGCCUUAUUAAACAUCACAGAAUUCAUACAGGAGAAAAGCCUUACGAAUGUAACAAAUGUGGGAAAGGCUUUACUCAGAGUUCUAACCUUAUUAAACAUCAAAGAAUUCACACAAGAGAAAAAUCCCAUGAGUGUAAUAUGUUAUAAAGCCUUUAGUGAAUACUCAGUCCUUAUUCAACACCAAAGAGUUCACACUGAAGGAAAACUUUAUGAGUAUGGAAUGUGGGAAAACUUUCAGUCAGAUGUCAACCUUUAUUAAACAUCAGAAAACACAUAGUGGAGAGAGACCUUAUUAAUGCGAUGUGUGUGGAAAAACCUUCAGUGAUCAUUCAGACCUCAUUAAACAUCAUAUAAUUCA